CACUCUACUAAUUUGACCCGACCUAACAACCGAGCAUUACCGAGUCAAACAUCCGAGAUCCUUAUAUCCCACCCAAGUUCAUCAUGGCCUCAACAAAAGCCUUUUACGCCGUCGUUGCUGGUGUCGGCGCCGGUACCGGUCGCUCCGUGGCCUUGCGCUUCGCCAAGGCUUACCCCGUGGUGCUGAUCGCCCGAAAUCCGUCGAACUACACCGACAUCGUGGCCGAGAUCAAGCAGCAGGGCGGCGAGGCGCGCGGCAUCAGCGCAGACACCUCCGACCCCGCGGCGGUUGCGUCGGCGUUUGAGACGAUCAAGGCCGAGUUUGAGAAGGGAAAGGGGCUGAAGUUGGCUGCUGCUAUUUACAACGUCGGCGCUGGCUUUGCCAUCAAGCCUUUCCUCGAAGUGCAAGCCUCAGACCUCGACGCCAGCCUGAACAGCAACGCCCGCGGCCUCUUCAAUUUCGCACAGGCCACCCUCCCUUCCCUCCUCGACGCCGUUCCGACCUCGCCCCACCCGCCGACGCUGCUCAUCACGGGCGCGACGGCCUCGGUGCGCGGCUCGGCGCGCUUCGCUACCUUCGCGGCGGGCAAGUUCGCUGUGCGGGCGCUGGGGCAGAGCCUGGCGCGCGAGUUCGGCCCGCAGGGUGUCCACGUCGCGCAUGUCAUAGUCGACGGCGUCAUUGACAUCCCGCGGACGCGUGGAUACACGGUGAAUGACGGGAAGGAGGAUGGCAAGAUUAGUCCUGAUGCGAUUGCCGAGAGUUAUUGGCACUUGCAUACGCAGCAUCGGUCGAGCUUCACGCAGGAGCUGGAUCUGAGGCCGUAUGUUGAGAAGUUUUGAAGGAAUAACAACUACAUUGGUUAAGGAGAGGACUGAAAACUCUUACAUCAAACAUCUUGGUUGUUGGCCGCUUCCGGAGCUUCGAGGGAGUGCACAAGGACACGUUCGCGUGACAGAGGUGCGAAGCGGUAAGCCCGGGCCAGCUGGGGCUCCGACAUCGAGAUGUAUUUGUCGUGUUCCCUAUAUAAACCGAUAACUUGCGCCCGUGACCUUGC